GGACGCAACCUAAAUAAUUCAUAUUGUUUAUUGUCGAGAAAGCUUUAUGUUAUUGACAACGCAAGCUGUUUAAAAUUUUUAAAUCAAGAAAAACAAUAAUUACAAAUAAUAUGACAUAAUUACAAUAAUAAAAAUGAUGAAUGAACCCGAAAGCACAACUGCUGCUUCUAAAAAAAUUAGAACUAUCAAUAAAGAAGCAGUUCAUCAAAUAUGUUCCGGCCAGGUGGUUUUUGAUCUUGCAACUGCUGUAAAAGAAUUGGUAGAAAAUAGUUUGGAUAGUGGUGCUACAAUUAUUGAAGUUAAACUUACAGAUUAUGGAAAAUCAAAUAUUACAAUUUGUGACAAUGGUUCAGGAGUUUUGGAAAGCGACUUUGAAGAAUUAUGUCUGAAGCAUCAUACGUCGAAAUUGAAAAAUUUUACAGAUCUCAUGAGCAUUGGUACUUUUGGUUUUCGAGGUGAAGCAUUAAGUUCAUUGUGUGCUCUUGGAGAUGUUACUAUUAUCACAAAACAUUCAACUAGUGAGCAUACUUUUAAACUUACGUUUGACAGAAAUGGAAUACUAAUUAAUAAAGAAGAAAGUCCUCCAAAGGAUGGUACAACUGUUCACGUAAAAAAUAUUUUUAAAACCCUACCGGUUAGAUUAAAAGAAUUUGAAAGGAAUAUCAAAAAAGAAUUUGCACGUGUUAUUCAAGUAUUAUACAGUUAUUGUCUAGUCUCUGUCGGUGUUAAAAUAAAAUUCACCAAUUCUGUGGGAAAUAAACCUCAAAAUCUUAUAGUAUCAACAAAUAAAACAAAUAAAGUUCUCGAAAAUGUCAAAUCGGUAUUUGGUAUUAAAGCCAUAGAUGGUUUAAUAGAAAUUAUAAUGGAAUCUCCUAAUGAAGAAAUUUUAGAAAAAUAUAAAUUGCCAUUAGAUAUUCAGGUUGAUUUCACAUGGGAAUUUUAUGUAAGCAGUUGUAAUCAUACUUCAGGUCGUUCUUGUCCUGACAGACAAUUUCUUUAUGUAAAUGGUCGACCUUGUGAUCUUUUAAAAGUCAGCAGGCUCAUCAAUCAAACAUAUCAUAAUUACAAUAAUAAACAAUAUCCAUUUGUUUUUCUUAAUUUAAAACUAAAACAAGAGUGUGCUGACGUUAAUGUCACUCCAGAUAAAAGAAAAGUAUUUUUCACUCAAGAACAAUUGAUUUUUGCUACAAUCAAAAUGAAUAUAACAAGAGAAUGGGAUAAAGCACAAAAAAUAUUUACUCUCUUAACUGAUAGUAGUUUAAUAAAAAAGGAAAAAAGUAAAAGAAACAUUUCACCUGUCAAAGAUUUUUAUCCAAUGCCAAAGAGACAAUUUUUAAAUUUAAACAGAGAGGAGAGAAAUUUAAAUGAUUUUAAUAUUACGAAACAAAAUAAGAAGAAUGAAGAAAACCAAUUAGAAGAAAAAAAGAAAGUAAUUGAUGUAAAAGAAUUAGAGAUAAUUGUAGUAAGAAAUUCAACAACUAUGAAAAUGAAUACUAAUUUGAAAAGAAUUCAAUUAAAAUUACAAGGGCAAAAAAAAGUAGAAUCAAAUGAAAAAAAACAAAAAAGAAUGAAAUAUAAAACACAACUUACUGAAAAAAAUGAAGAUGCUGAAAAGGAACUUGAAAAAGAAUUAACAAUGGAAUCUUUUGUAAAUAUGCAAAUUAUAGGACAAUUUAAUUUAGGAUUCAUAGUGGCUAAACUUGACUCCGAUUUAUUUAUCAUUGAUCAACAUGCCAGUGAUGAGAAAUUUCAAUUUGAAAAAUUAAGCAAUGAAACUAAAUUAAAAACACAAAUAUUAAUUGCUCCGAAACUUUUAAAUCUUGCAACUCUAAAUGAAGGAAUUUUAAUUGACAAUCAGAGUAUCUUUGAAGAUAAUGGAUUUUCAUUUAUAAUAAAUUCUGAAGCUAACCAGGGUCAUCGAGUAAAAUUAACUGGAAUGCCAGUUAGUGGUGGAUGGCAAUUUGAUGAACGUGACAUUGAGGAAUUAAUUUUUAUGAUUAAAGAGGAAGGUCAUAGAGAUAGUGGAAUUUCACAAAUACCACGACCAAGUAGAAUAAGAGAUAUGUUGGCUUCAAGAGCAUGCCGAAGCGCAAUUAUGAUUGGAAAAACUCUAAAUUUAAUUGAAAUGCGUAAAAUUAUAAAUCAAAUGUCAACAAUGAAAAAUCCUUGGAAUUGUCCACAUGGUAGACCAACAAUAAGACAUUUAUUUUCCCUCUGCUUUCUAAAAUGAUGAAUAAAUUGCAAAAAUAAUAAUUUAAAUGUAAAUAUUUUCAUCGUCUUAUCAAGUGAUUUUUAUAAAAAAUUUUAAUAAAUUAAUUAUAAAAUUAA